CAGCAUGACAACACGGAUUGAAACUGCACUUCAAAGCCCUUUGGAGCCAAGGGGCCUGUCUCUUCCCUUGUGGCCCAACUUAGAACUACCCCAAGAUAUGAGGGUCAGACCACCUCUUCAGCCAGGCAGCCCUGAGCCCUGGCUUCUCCCAGGGUGUAGCUCGGUGUAUGAUAGUCUGGUCAGCUCUAGAACCCCACAGCCAUUGUGUGUAAAUGAAGACAGGAAUACCUUCACCAUAUCCAAGCCUCGCAGGUCCUCUAUUCUUGAGAGGUGCAUCCUCAAGAUAUCUACAGCCAAUGUGGCUGUUGGGACCGAGGAUAUAGAUGAGAUCAAGAGGUCCCCAUCAAGGCUCCGGUGGUGUUCUCAGAAUGUGGACCCAUCACAUUUUGAGACUAAUGAGUCAGUUUUGAAGCGCAGACAGAAGCAAAUUCAGUAUGGAAAAAACACAUGUGGCUACCAAAACUAUCUGAAGCAGGUGCCAAAGCAUCUUCGGAUCCCUGGGUUUCAUCCAUCCACUCCCAACAAAUACCGCAAAUACAGCCGACGGUCUUGGGACAUGCAAGUCAGGCUUUGGCGGAGAGCGCUACAUGCUUGGGACCCACCUUCGACUUCUCAAGGGAACAUGGAAGGACAUGACCCAGUUGAUCAACUGCAGGGCUUGCUUGAGCAAAUGAAUACUGAGCCGGAUGAAGAAGGCAAGGAAGAAAAGGAACAGAAGGUGGAAGCAUCUGACUCCUGUGCCUCUGCACUUCCUCAACUGACUGAGGGUUCAACCAAUGGAUUCUGGAAGCCUCUUGCUCCUCAAGCUGAUGUAACAGGCCAGCAAAGCCAGACUGUUGGACUGGGCUAUACCUUCAGUAGUCAUCUAACUGCUGAGGAGAAUGUCCUAGGAUGGCUGAGGUUUCUCUUGGAGACUGACCACGCACGCGGCGAAGUUGCCCCAGAGAGUGAACAGCCACUUUGGCGAUUUUACUGAUGUACCAUGAUUUUUCUUCAGACCACGUGUAAAGUGUCUUCCAGGAUUUAAAUAAUUAUGACAAAGGAAAGGUGUCUUCUCAAGAUAUCAAACAUGUAUUUGGAUCUUAAAACUGAAUGCACAGAGCACACUAGUGGUAGUUUUGCAUCAAAACGUAUCUGCUUAAGCUGGAUUUCAGAUCACUUAA